AUGCCCUCCUUUCCAUUACUGUUCUCCAUCCUUCUCUGCAAUGGCCUAAUGGUGGCUACACAGAGAAAGGUCCAGGAGCUCCCCGAUGAAGAGGAGGAGAAAAGCCCUGCACAGAUACGGACCCCACAAACUCUCUCUCGAGGCUGGGGAGAUGACAUUGAGUGGGUGCAGAUGUAUGAAGAAGGUUUAGCAAGAUCAAGACAAAGCAAGAAGCCACUGAAGGUUAUUCAUCAUCUGGAAGAAUGUCCUUACAGCCAAGCUUUAAAGAAGGCUUUUGCUUCUAGCUCAGAGAUUCAGCAGAUGGCUCAGGAGGAUUUCAUCAUGCUUAAUCUGGUACAUUCCAGUAGCGACAAUAACAUGGCGCCUGAUGGCCACUACGUCCCUUGGAUCCUCUUUGUCGAUCCUUCUAUGACAGUUCGAGCUGAUAUAACUGGCAAAUAUGGGAACAGGAUGUACACCUAUGAGCCACAAGAUAUUUCAACCUUGAUCGAAAACAUGAGACAAGUAAAGUCACUUCUCCACACAGAACUCUGA